CAUUGACUGUGUCAGAGAGACAUGACAGGACCACUAGCUAAUGUAACCACACAUGAGACAUGAGGAUAAUUUAAUACAUUAAUAAGUGUUUAAUCUAACAGGUGUUACGUGUCAGCCAUGCCGGUGCCAUCAAUGUAUGUUGACGUUGUUCCUAAGUGUGUUUAAGCUGUCGUGAGUUAGCCACCAAGGUACAGUAAGCUAACCUUAGCAAGCUAACAGUAGCUAAGCUAACAGUACAAGUCAAAGUUACCUUCACAGAGUUGUGACAGAAUUACGACGUAAAAACCUCUGAGUUGUUUCUUAUAUAACGUUGCCAAUAAGUUAAAGGCCAAUACAAAUACAUAUUGUUAAAUUAUAUUUUCAUAUGUAGCGAACCUCAUUGAAAAAUCAGUCCAGUGACACAGUGAACAUACAGUGUACUCUCAUUGGAAAUGUUUUGUCAUCAGGAUAAAAACCUCUGAAAUUUGACUGAAUGACAAAAGCAAAAAGCCUUUUUUUAUAAGCCGAAUGAAAGAAGUCGCCAUUUUAAGUAGAUUUUGUCGUUAUCUGUCACUCUUUUUCAAGAAGCUGUUGAACUUUGUCACAAUGCGACGACUUUUAACAAGAGUCAUAAACCGAGUUUUGCUGAGUGAGCCUUUCACACCAGCGAUGGGCAUUGAAGCAGAAAUACACACAGAAGGCCGACGAAGGAUGGUGGUGGGGCUGGGUAACCCGGGGAUGGAGGGUACCAGACACAGCAUCGGCAUGGCGGUGCUUGGUGCACUCGCCGCCCGGCUCGGCGUGGCUGACCGUUGGCGCGGUGACAAGCACGUGUCCGGUGAGGUCAUCGUGUCAGAGGUACAGCAAACACAUGUGGUGCUGCUCCGUCCCAGGCUGCUGAUGAACAUCAACGGGGUGUCAGUGGCCAAAGCAGCUGGUAAAUAUGGCAUCAAGCCUGAAGACGUCUUGCUGGUCCACGACGACCUGGACAAACCUCUGGGGAAAAUCGCCCUCAAACAUGGAGGAAGUGCCAGAGGUCAUAAUGGAGUCCGCUCCUGUGUGGACUGUCUUCAGACGGAUGUGAUGCCCAGACUUCGGGUCGGGAUCGGCCGGCCGACGGGGAAAUGCUCUGUGGAGCAGCACGUUCUGGGCCGGUUCUCCUCCGAGGAGAAGAAGGUUCUGGACUCUGUUCUGGUCCAGAGCGUGGACCUCCUCCUCUACCAGCUCUCCAAGCAACACUCCCAACAGGACUCCCAGUCCCCCUCCUCACCAGCAGGGGGCAGGCAAGCAGCACAGCAGAGGAAGGAGAUGGAGCACUCAGCCUCUCCAGCUGAGAGCUCCGCUGCUUAAACUCAAAAGUCUCUGAAUUAAAAACAUGAACCUGCACAGAGAGAUCUUUACUGAGGCUGUUUAUUCUCUGGUGUGAGUUAAAGGAGAUUAAUGUUCCUGCAGAGCAUGAGAAUGACUCCAAACGACUGUCUUGAUUCUCCUUGAAACUGUGCAACAUACAGAAAGUUCAAAAUGAAUGAAUGCCAUGAACUUCUCUAAAAACAGAGCUGCAGCUAAUCCUCUGCAUUGAGUUUGACCACAGAGGAGGUUGUUUUCACUCAUAUUUGUCUGAUUGUUGGUCGAAACACCGCAAAGUAAAAUGUGGUGCAGCGCUCAGCCUCAGGCAGAACAAGUAGUGAUGAUGGUGGUGUGGAGCCUAGAGUCUGUUCAGGAUAUUUAACAUUGCAAGAUGAAACAUUUUGUGAUUUUCUGAUAGAAUUCUGUACAUGGAUGUUACAGUAAUCCCAUGGCUGUCUGUCACUGUGUGUGUUGUGAAGCACACAGACGCAGAUUAAACAUCUCUAUGCAUUUAUUUGGAUUAAAAUUACAGAUUAAGAGCACUGCACCCUUUGUGGAGGUAUGUAGUGGAGCGUGACUGAUGCAGCUUUUUCUGCAAAUUCAUUAUACAUCUGAAAGUGUCAGGAAUCUACAAAACAAAAACUAGAAAAAUUGUAAAGUAGGGUUACAAUCAUAGACUGUGAAAAUAAUGGUAAUAGCGUGGGGUUCGGUUAAAAGUUUCAGACUUUACCAUCUUGGUUUGUUGAAGCCAAAUUGAUCAUAUUUGUGCGAGAGGCUGGAGCUGUGUUGGAGCGAGGGCUGGACUGGACUGAGACGCUGAGGACACUAUCAGCAGGCAGCCUGUCACUUAAAGCAAACCACCUUAAAUAAUGUGUAACUCAAAGCCUUCAUAAAUGUGAACAGGAGAAAGGGAGAAAUUAGCUGUAGAGGUCAAAACUGUUUUUUGAACCAGGCUGUAAACAUGUUUAUUUCUGUAACAGUGGACAUUUCAACAUGGGGGUCCAUAGGGAUUUACUGUGUUUUGGAGCCAGCCUCAAGUGGCCGUUCAAAAGACUGCAGCUUUUGGCACUUCUGAGUUGGCUUCAUUCUUCAGCCCCAGAGGUCGCCUCUUGGUUACAAUAAAGAGGUCUAUGUUUACAAUAAA